AUGUCUGAAAGCACAGGCCUCUAUCUACUUGUUCACCAGGGCUUGUUUCAGGCACUCAAGGAUGAGGUCAGCCAGUUGGUGGAGGACUACAAGCUCAAUCGGUAUCAAAAAAAAAAGUUCUAUUAUGGCCGUGCAGAGACCCAGCUCCUCAUCAAAGCCACCAUAGAUGAAGCCUCAGGAAGGAGCAGGAUUGUUGGCAUGCAGCACGUCUGCUGCAUGCUCUCAGGCUUUUUCUUUGCAGUGCGCCCCGGAAGCAUAGGAGUGUCCUGCCAGGAGUACACAAAUCGCAAAUUUUUUGCAAAGACGGGCGAUGUCGAAAUCAUCAAGAUCAGGCCCUUCAAGUUUGAGAUUUGCAUCACCAUCGGGAAUUUCAAGGGUCACAAUGAUGUAACAGCGAAACAGCACACCUUUACCAUCACAGGUGUCUUCAAGUCACACAAUGCCCUUUUUGAUGCUGCACUCUGGUGGGUGUUGUACCUCAUGGAGAGAGGUGUCCUUCCGGUCAAGGUAGAUUCUGCUCCUGCUCUCCUGUAUGAUGAUCUUCUUACACUGAGCUGGAAGACUGUAGAUGAGCUGAUUGCAUACAAGGGAGCUACCAUCCCCAUCGUGUUGAAGGAUGAACCCCUUGCUUCCCGGUGGCAAGGGACUCAUGGCAGGCAUUCCGAUAACAGCAGGCGGAAUCUUGCAUGGAAUUCAUGGCCUCAGUGA